CGAGACUACCGCGCUGAGGUUAAGGCAUUCGAAAAGCUUCAGCCAUAGACUUGCUAGCAAUGAAGCGGCUGAAUCUCCUUCUGCUCUUGAUCCAGGCAGAAUGCAUUUUGUGCUGCAUUUUUGACAGAGUGAAACAAAUUAGUUAUGGUAGAGUUAGCUACAUAAGUCUCACUGGAAGUGAGGAUGAGUGCUUUGCUGCGUGCUAUGCGGACAAGAACUGCAGUGCAAUGGGAUACUAUACAAUCUCUGAAUCGUGCGAUUUCUACAGCAAUGGAAAUAAAAAAACAAAUUGUGACGGGGAAUACCAUUGCUACAUCCUUCAGCGUGACGAAGUGGAUUCAGCAUGCCAAAGAUACGUGAAAUUCUGAGUAGAAAACAGAAAUGCACGUCAUUUCCACCUUUGAUGCGCUGCUUGUUGCGAAAUAAAAGUUUUCGUGUU